AGCCCGCUCGCUCUCACCACAGUUUGUUUUGUGGAUUGCGUUAAAAGCCUCUUUUUCCUUUAUUCACAUUACAUACAAUGUGUAAUGCUCAUAGUGGUUAAGUGAACCCCUCGGUACUAACUUCUCAUUGUUUUUAUGGGCAAAGUGGCCAUGCUCAGUUGCAGUCAUGAAGUUGAAAACCUUUUCCGUCUUCAUUUUACUUCUUAACAUUAACGAAACUUCAGCAAAUGCAUAUGUCAUAGAAGUGGAUGUGGGGAGACCAGUAGGAGAUCUCAAACACUUCUGGAGAAGCACUGGUUUCUGUCCCCCCCUCCCUCACACCCAGGCCCACCAGUUUGACCUGAGCAUCGACCAGCAGCUCAACCUGGCCUACGUGGGCUCAGUCCCCCAUGGAGGGAUCCAGCAGGUCAGGAUACACUGGAUGUUGGAGUUGGUUACUGCACAAGAUAUUGGAGGACAACCCCAGUACGACUUCACUAAACUAGACCAGCUGAUAGAACUCUUGUGGAUUAAUGGACUCCGACCAGGUUUUGAACUGAUGGGCAGUGUCUCUAACUAUUUCACUGACUUUGAGGACAAAUCACAAGUGGUCGAGUGGAGAAAUCUGGUUUAUCUGAUAGCCAAGAGGUACAUCGACAAGUAUGGCCUGGGAAUUGUCUCUCAGUGGAACUUUGAAACAUGGAAUGAGCCCAACAACCAUGACUUUGAUAAUGUCACUGUGUCAAUUCAAGGGUUUCUAAACUACUAUGAUGCCUGUUCGGAGGGUCUGCGUGCCGCCAGCAGUCUCCUGAGGUUUGGGGGUCCAGGAGACUCCUGUCAUUCUCACCCACAUUCACCAUACUGCUGGGCCAUGCUGCAGCACUGCUACAACGGCACCAACUACUUCACUGGAGAGACAGGGGUCAGGAUCGAUUACAUCGCCCUGCACAAGAAGGGAGGAGGCUACUCCUUGCCCAUCCUCCAGCAGGAGAUCCAGACAGUGGGGGAGAUCCAGGAGCGUUUCCCCCGGUUUCGCAGCCUCCCUGUUUACAACGAUGAGGCUGAUCCGCUGGUGGGCUGGUCCAGGCCUCAGGAGUGGAGGGCCGAUGUAACCUACGCUGCGAUGGUGGUGAAGGUAAUAAACCAGCACCAGGAUCUGCUGCUGGCUGACCCAAACAGCACCAUGAACUACACCCUGCUCAGCAACGACAACGCAUUCCUCAGCUACCACCCACACCCCUUCACCCAGCGCACGCUGACUGCCCGCUUCCAGGUCAACAACACCGAGCCGCCUCACGUCCAGCUGAUCAGGAAGCCCGUCCUCACCGUCAUGGGCCUGCUGGCUUUGCUAGGAGAGACCCAGAUCCGGGCUCAGGUUUUGAGCUCAGCAGGAGCCAACAACAGCACGGUGGGUGUUCUUGCCAGCAGCCACACGCCUGCAGUACCGGGAGGCUCAGACAGCUGGCAGGCAGCGGUGCUGAUCUACAACAGUGACGACAACAGCACCUCUACUAACACUGAUGAUGUCACCAUUUCACUGAAAGGAUUGGCCGAGCAGAAGAGUCUUAUGUAUACCACGUAUUACAUUGACAACAACGUAACCAACCCGUACCAGCUGUGGCAGAGCAUGGGCAGCCCCGACUUCCCCAUGGCAGAGCAGUUCAGACGCCUCAGGAGUGUGCAGGACCCUCAUGUUGAAGGACCCUGGGAAGUUCCUGCAGCGGACACUUUGACUCUCAAAGCCAAACUGUCUGUGCCGUCUGUCCUCCUUGUCCAUGUCUGUGCCCAGCCCAAAGCAGAGCCAGACCAGGUCAAUGGAUUACACUUCAUCAGGAUCACGAAAGGCCAAGUCCUGAUUGUCUGGUCAGACCACUGUGUUGAUUCCAAAUGCAUUAAGACAUUUGAAGUGGAGUUCUCCACAGACCACAAGGAAUUCAGCAGAAUUAAUACUCAAGACACCAUUUUUACUUCUUAUGUUUAUUCACCUGUGGACCAGGAGGUUGGCGGUCUGUACAGAGUCCGAGCUGUGGACUACUGGGGAAGGCCGGGCCCGUACUCGCUGCCAGAAAGGUACUCAGGGGAGUACUAGACCAAGAUCAAGUCUGGUGGCAUUCUAUGAUGUUUCUAAAUACUUUUGUACAAUGUGAAAACAUUGUAUAGGGAUCAAUGUGCUGAUUAUAUAGAACAGUGGUUCUCAAAUGGGGGUAUGUGUACCCCUGGGGGUACGUGAGAUUUAAAAAAUAUAUAUAUUUAAAAUUAGCAUCCAUUCAAAAAUCCUUUAAAAAUAGUUAUUUAAUAAAUGUUCAAGUUUAAGUUCAUAAACUGAAUUCAAUGCAACAAUGCAAUCUUCAGUGUUGCCAGUUUAAUAAAUCAGACACUGAAGGCAGAGCGCUGUGUAUUACAUCCUUUUUUUCAACCAAAAAUGCUUUGCGCUGGUUAGGGGGUACUUGGCUGAAAAAAUAUUUCACAGGGGGUACAUCACUGAAAAAAGGUUGAGAACCACUGAUAUAGAAUAUACAUUACAGGAAAUUUCUGAUCUGCCCAAUCUCAUUAUUAGCAUAUAUUUAUUAUUCAUAGUCCUGCUCUAAUUAACAGUAUUACAGGCAUCACCUGUUUUGAUAGCAUAUAGUUGUGGUUGUAAUUUCAAAGACUUGACUUGAAUUUCAAAGUUAUUGAAUACAAUUAUUAUCGGCAAAGAUCAACAUCUCAAAUACAUUCAUUUCUGAAGCAGUUGUAGAUGUAUUGGUUUGUACAGAUCUAUAGUAACAGGAUUUAAUACAUCCUGACUGAUUGUAUUGUAAGACAAACAAUGUGUCAGCCUUUCAAUUCUUCUUACUUUUUGUGAAAGUAAAACCAGUCACAAAUAUAUCAUUUCAUUUUUUGGAAAAGGAUGAAUAAUUUCCAAAAAGUUGGGUACUGUAGUUUUUAGCAAGAAGUAGAAAGCACAUUUGUCUGGGAAUAUUUUCAGCAGUAAAUGAAUACACAGUUGGUUUAAUAAUUUUGGACAAUAGAGCUCCACGUCAGAAGAAUAAAGAUAAGAUAAGAUAAUCCUUUAUUAGUCCCGCAGCGGGGAAAUUUGCAAGAAUGUAUAACUGGUUUUAGAUACACAUGCAAUACUUUUUCUGUAAAAUGCCUUUUAGUUGGAUUUGUUGACUAGAUUUUAUUGUUCUUGCUUGUUUUGCAGUUGCACAUAAUUUGUCGUUAUUGGUAUGAAAGGAGAAGUGCAAUACAUAAUGUCACUGAUCAAUGAGAGCAGUAAUUAUCUGAUAUCUACAGAAUCUGUUACAAUCAGACCAACAACUAAUGGGUACAUUCAUAAUAUUUUGUUAUCUGUAAUAUGUAAAUUUGUUCUACUCUAUUUUUUAUACAUAAAUG